GACCUACAUCCGAAGAAGGCACGAAAAUGAUUACCAGCCGCACCAAUAAGCCCCCUCCAACGGAUAAAUUCACAGACACAACGACACACAUGUAUACGGAAUCAACAGUACCUGCAACAAUACUUCAGACGUCUCGUCCCACUACAGGCUAUAGUUCUUUGGAGAAUUCCACUAGUAUGACCCCUUUGCCAUCAAAGGCAACUGGAACGUCUUCGACAACAUCAUUUACCACAACGCAAAAGCAAAUGCAUUCAACGAAAGAAAGGUCUUCAGAUGCCUCAUUCGAGAGACCUGGUCGUGCAUCGACCGAGUCAAAGACUCCUCCGUCAUUAUCCACAUCCCAACUAUCAACAGGACAAACGAUACAUUCUCCUUUCUCCCAGCCGUCUAGUCCCACUUUUUCAGUCGAUAAUUCUCUGGAGACUUCCACUAGUAGGACUCUAACUCAAGCGACUUGGUCAACACAAAAGGCUCACCCCCACCCUCCAUCGAGACGUGUCCAUUCCUCUACAGUAGCACCAUCUACAACAACAAUGCUAAAUGAACAAAAAAUAAAAGGUGAUAAAGCAUAUAUCGUCCUUAGCAAGAGGGUUGUACUUGCAGUAGCCGUGGGUGUUUCGGUCGUGCUGAUCUUCAUGAUGGCUUCCAUAGUUGCCUUGAUUGGGAGACAAGGGUUUCGGUCCCAAAGUGGUCAAAUUGAAAGAAAUAUAACCCGUUUAGAUUCUACUCACGAGGGUUUCACCUCAUUCGCUGCCCAUCUAAACCACGACUACGAGAGGACCAUAACUAGAACACAGGAUUCAACAUCUACCGACGAUGAAGUCGGUACUCUGACAUAUCCGAUCAACAGCUUGCCUCUCCCACAUAGGCGUACCCCACCAAGUUCACAUGACUACGAGGAAGUGGAAGGCCAUCUUAUAAACACUUUUAAAGGAGACUACAUGUUGCCUGACGUACAAGAAGGAUCUUUAGAUGGCUACCUUGACAUGGUAUCUAACGUCAAGAAAGGGGAUGCAUGCGGUAAUGCUCUUCCACUCGUCACCUUUCGAAACAAAAUGACCGAAAGGCCUACAGAAGAUGAAAAUGGUUACCUCGUUCCAAAUGUGGAACAGUACAGGAGUCGGGAUAUGUAGGCCUGCCAUUCUAUAGAACACAGGGUCGAGAUUGUUCUCUAAGGA